AUGAUUGCUAAGUUUUGUCUUGUUGCUCUUUUGGCAACCCUUGCUGUUGCUCAACCAAUGAACUGCGACAAACGCGCUGUUGUUGUUUCUAACAAUGGAUGUGGAUGCGGAAACGGAAACGGAAACGGUAACACUCUUACCGCUAAUGUCAAGACCUCCGAAUCUAACGGUGUCCUUACCAGAAACAUCGUCAUCAAGGGCAAAUACCCAGUCGCUUUGUGCAACUGCGGACCAACUCCAGACAGACAAAUCCCAGUCACCACCUCCCACGUCAAGACUCCAGUCCAAGUUAAGCCAACUGUUCGUCUUCCAUACUCCAUCCCAGCCCCAAGAACCGUCUCUCACUCUUGCACCUGCUACAAGACCGUCAUGAGACCACGUGUCCACGAUCACAUCGUCUCUGUUCCAUCCGUCCAACGUUACAUCGAAACCACCCACAAGCCAGUCGUUGAAAACAUCCACUACGAAGCUUGCCCAACCAACUGCAACGAAGAAUCCAACACCGGAUACGUUUUCACCAAGGUCGGAGGAGAACAAAACUCUGAAGAAUCCUGCAAGAACACCCAAAACGUCCAAACUGUUCAAGUUCCACAAUGCCAACUCCAAACCGUUCAAGUUCCACAAUGUCAACAAACCGUUCAAGUUCCACAAUGUCAACAAACCGUUCAAGUUCCAGAAGUCCAAGUUCCACAAUGCCAACAAUCCGUCCAAGUCCCAGAAGUUCAAAACCUUCAAUUCCAAUCUGUUCAACUUCCAUUAGUCCAAAACGUUCCAACCCUCCAAACCGUUCCACAAUGCCAACAAAACGUUCAAUCUGUCCAAACCGUCCAAGUUCCAGAAGUUCAAGUUCCACAAUGCCAACUUCAAUCUGUCCAAGUUCCACAAGUCCAAACUGUCCAAACCGUCCAAGUUCCACAAUGCCAACAAUCCGUUCAAGUCCCAGAAGUUCAAAACCUCCAAUUCCAAUCCGUUCAACUUCCAUUGGUCCAAAACGUUCCAACCCUCCAAACCGUUCCACAAUGCCAACAAAACGUUCAAUCUGUCCAAACCGUUCAAGUCCCACAAGUCCAAGUCCAAUCUGUUCAAGUUCCACAAUGCCAACAAACCGUUCAAGUUCCACAAGUUCAACUCCAAUCUGUUCAAGUCCCACAAUUCUCAUCUCUUUCGGUCUUGAACAACUCCGGAUGCUCUCAAUGUUCAUAA